UCUUAGCAAUGCCCGCCCCUCUGGAGACACUCGCACGAUUCGAGAAGGACGUGAAGCGAACCGACACCGGGUUCCUGGCGAUAGCAACAGAGGUGGAAAACGACAAGGAGAAGACCUCGGAACCUCCGGGAAAAAUCAAGGAAUUACUGAAGGAGUUCCAAGACAUUCUUCCUGACGAUCUUCCGAACGAGCUACCGCCAUACCGAACGCAUCAACACGAGAUCGUGGAGGAACCAGGUUCGAAGCCGACCUUCCGAGCACCAUAUCAGCUCAGCCCCACUGAGCUGACCGACAUGAAAAAACAGAUCGAGUAUCUCCUCGCCAAAGGACUCAUCCGACCAUCCACUUCGCCAUACGGUGCCCCAGUGCUCUUCACACCGAAACCGGACGAAAGCCUGCGCAUGUGCAUCGAUUACCGAGCUCUCAACAAGCAGACCAUCAAGAACAACAAGCAGAAGCAGGCGGGACUACUACAACCUCUUCAUGUCCCAGAACAACCAUGGCAAGUGGUUAGCCUGGACUUCAUCACCGGGUUACCACCUACCACAAGCGGUCAUGACGCAAUUCUUGUCGUCAUCAACAAGUUCUCCAAAAUGGGACACUUCAUCCCGACACACACGACAGCACAUACAGAAGAAACAGCACAACUCUUCGUUCGCUACAUCAUCUCACAACAUGGCAUUCCAACUACACUCAUCUCUGACCGAGACCACAAGUUCACCAGCAAGUUCUGGAAGGAACUAAUGUCUCUGCUCGGGACCAAACUCGCCAUGUCAUCCGCCUACCAUCUGCAGACAGACGGACAGACCGAGCGCCUCAACCAGAUUGUCGAGCAACUCCUCCGAGCAGCCUGCAAGGACGAGAUCUCCAAAUGGGACUUGCACCUGCCCGUACUAGAGUUUGCUUACAACUACGCUACACACGCCGCUACUGGACAAAUGCCGUUCUUCCUCUGCUACGGACGCCACCCACUCACACCACAAAAACCGACAGCAUCAGCUACAGUCCAACCUGGACACGAUUUUAUCACAACCAUGCAUCAGCUUUGGGAUAGGACCCACAAGCGCCUCCUUGACAUUCAGCAGCAACAGAAGCGCCAGGCCGAUUGCCAUCGCAACGACCACACCAUUACCAUGGGAGACCAGGUGCUCCUCGACACCCGCAACCUUGACAUCAGUCAUCUCCCAUCUAAACUUCGACCUCGCUUCUGCGGGCCUUUCCUCGUUGAAGCACACGUCACUCCUGUUACCUUCCGCUUAUGCCUGCCAGCUACCUGGAAGAUUCACAAUGCCUUCCAUGUCCAACUUUUGAAGCCCUAUCGGGAUCUGAACACGACCUUCGUGGGACGCCAACCGCCGCCACCGCCGCCCGUCCUCGUCCAGAAUGAAACCGAGUACGAGGUCGAGUCCGUGCUUGCACACCACCGUCAUCGGAACGGCACCGUGGAGCUUCUUAUUCAUUGGAAGGGUUAUGAUCCUUCUGAGGACAGCUGGGUACCUGAGAUCGACAUGGGUAACGCCCGUCAUCCUCUUCAUGACUACCUUGUCAAGCAGGGAACGGAUGCUGAAGCGGCGCCAGCACAUGCAGCAGCAGCAGCAGGGCCAGCAGCAGGGGCGGCAGCAGCAGCAACAGGAGCAGGGCCAGCAGCAGGGGCAGCAGCAGCAGCAGCAGCAGGAGCAGGGCCAGCAGCAGGGGCGGCAGCAGCAGCAGGGGUGGCGUCAGCAGCAGCAGCAGCAGCGGCAGCAACAGCAGCAGGAGGAGCAGCAGCAGCAGGGCCAGCAGCAGGGGUGGCAGCAGCAGCAGCAGGGUCAGCAGCAGGGGCGGCAGCAGCAGCAGCAGGAGCAGGGCCAGCAGCAGGGGCGGCAGCAGCAGCAGGGGCGGCGGCAGCAGCAGCAGCAGCAGCAGCAGCGGCAGCAACAGCAGCAGGAGGAGCAGCAGCAGGGACAGCAGCAGGGACAGCAACAGGGACAGUAGCAGGGACAGCAACAGGGAAAGCAGCAGGGACAGCAGCAGGGGCAGCAAUGGGGACAGCAGCAGGGACAGCAGCAGCAGCAGCAGCAGGGCCAGCAGCAUAGGCAGCAGCACCUGCGACAACCAGAGGGGC